AGCGGUCGCUGUCUGUGCUCCGUGCAGACAGGUGCAAGCCCAGCUGGGCUGGAUCCUCCGCGUCACCGAGCCCAUCUGCUGGGGGAUGGGGUGGGCUGUGUUUCCUUGACGGAUUUUUGAGUGCCCCCAGCCCCCGGCGGAGCGGAGGAGACCAUGGCCCCUCAGGGCUCCCAGGCCGAGCUGGAAUUCGGAGGACCCCUGGGCGCUGCGGCGCUGCUGCUGCUGCUUCCCGCCACCAUGUUCCACCUGCUGCUGGUAGCCCGCUCGGGCCCGGCGCGCCUCCUGGGUCCCCCCCCUUACCUGCCGGAACUCGAGGAGCUGUGGAGCCCGUGGGCGCUGUUGCUGUGUCUCACCUGGCUCGGCCUGCAGGCGGCGCUCUACCUCUUGCCGGCGCGCAAGGUGGCCGAGGGGCAGGAACUGAAGGACAAGAGUCGACUGCGCUACCCCAUUAACGGCUUCCAGGCCCUGGUGCUGACAGCCCUGUUGGUGGGCCUGGGGGUGUCAGCCGGGCUGCCCCUGAGCGCGCUCCCGGAAAUGCUCCUGCCCUUGGCCUUUGCGGCCACCCUCACCGCCUUCAUCUUCAGCCUCCUUCUCUAUCUGAAGGCUCUGGUAGCCCCUGCCUCUGCCCUGGCACCCGGGGGGAACUCAGGCAAUCCCAUUUACGACUUUUUCCUGGGACGGGAGCUCAACCCGCGCAUCUGUUCCUUUGACUUCAAAUAUUUCUGCGAACUGCGGCCUGGCCUCAUCGGCUGGGUCCUCAUCAACCUGGCCUUGCUGAUGCAGGAAGCAGAACUUCGGGGGAGUCCCUCACUGGCCAUGUGGCUGGUCAAUGGCUUCCAGCUACUAUAUGUGGGUGAUGCACUUUGGCACGAGGAGGCGGUCCUCACCACCAUGGACAUCAUACACGACGGGUUUGGCUUCAUGCUGGCCUUUGGGGACCUCGCCUGGGUACCCUUCACCUACAGCCUGCAGGCCCAGUUCCUGCUGUACCACCCAGAGCCCCUGGGGUUGCCCCUGGCCUCGGUCAUCUGCCUCAUCAAUGCUGUUGGUUACUACAUCUUCCGUGGAGCCAAUUCUCAGAAAAACACCUUCCGGAAGAAUCCUUCUGAUCCCAGAGUGGCUGACCUUGAGACCAUCUCUACAGCCACAGGGCGACGGCUGCUGGUGUCUGGGUGGUGGGGUAUGGUCCGCCAUCCCAACUACCUUGGAGACCUCAUCAUGGCUCUGGCCUGGUCCUUGCCCUGCGGGGUGUCCCACCUGUUGCCCUACUUCUACCUCCUUUACUUCACUGCGCUGUUGGUACACCGUGAGGCCCGGGAUGAGCAGCAGUGUCUGCAGAAGUAUGGCCUGGCCUGGCACGCAUACUGCCGGCGUGUGCCCUAUCGAAUCGUGCCCUACAUCUACUGAAGCAGCUCCACGUGUCCCAGGUCGGGCCACGUGCCCACCCAGCUGCCAGCACACCCAGCACCAGGAGCCUGGACUCACCUGGCACUCAAGGGCCUGCACCCUACCCUGCUCUGA